UAUAUUUUUGUUGUUUGUUUUUUUUUCGAAUAUUGAAGAGAAGAUUUUUGGUUUAUGUUCUAUCAUAAGUCAAAAAGUGAAAUUGCUGGAUCAGAGAACGGUGGUGGUGUAGAAAAGAAGAACAAAAACGGGAAAAAACCAUUUCACAUUUCUACAACUAUUUUUGUCUACUUAUUUAACAAUUUCCUAAUCAACAGAGGUAAUGCGAAUUUUUAAUUGUAACUAAAAAAUAUCUGAAAACAAUUUUAUACAAAUUUUGUAAAGUUGAAUUUUUUUUAGCUUAGUUAGAAAAAGACUCUGAUACUUUGAUAAUUGUGUUAUAUGCAAAUAUUUUUAUUCUGUAAAUGAUAAAAAAUGUGUCUUUUUACAACCAAAUAUAAAUUUUAAAAAGUUAUUUAAAAAAUUUAUAUAAUUUUAAAUGGGUUUUUUAAUCAAAAGCUGAUUAGCCCUCUUUGUUUUUUGUAUAGUUUUCCAUUUUCUGCAAAGCCUACUUUGAAAAGUUUUUGCGGGAAUGGAAAAAUCAUUUUGGGAAAAUUUGUGGGACAAGGGAAAAUUCAGAAAACUGUAAUCCGUCAUUACAACCAAUAUUCUAUCAUUUAUAACAAAUUACUCACAUAAGUACAAUAUUUCAAAUUCCAUGUUAUAAUAUACCUAAAAAUAUCGAACACCAGAUUUUAGGAAACUUUUUAAAAACCAACAGUUUUCUUUUUCGCAAAAUUUUUGAGAAAUUUUGAAAUCUUCAAAAAAAUGUUCUCUAGUUUUAUAUUUUAAAGUUGAAAUAGCGCCAGUACAUAAUUUGUUCAAAUAUACUACCGAAAUAUUAUGACGAACCACGAUUUUGUUAAUUACCAAGAUUUUCAAAGCGUUCACGAUGAAGAAGUGGUUUAGGAAAUAUUCUGAGAAAACAAAGAAUUGCUUGAAACUCUAAAAACUAUAUUGAUUUCUUGUUCGAGAAGACUUUGAAGCCUCAUAACUUUAACCGGGAUUUGUUUCAAAAGCUAAACAAUUUCCAUAUUUAUCGGAAAACUUAACUGCACCUUUAAUAAUUUUCACCUGAACCUAUUAAACCUUUGACAUUAUAUCAAAACUAUUUUUAUCCCCACCAAAAUUGUUUAAUUUAUUCAUUUUUGACGCGCAUUUCUUUGAAGAUUCUUUUUGAUAUGAAAAUGAAUUUUAAUCCUGUCAUUUUAUGCAAAUUUUCUUUAAUACUUCUCCCAUCUGCCGGACACAAUUUAUCAAUCCUUGUUCUUCUUAAUUAGGAAAAACCAGUUGGUGAAGAAUGACAAAUGUCUUUUUUUAAAUAUAUUUGUUGUUUUCUAGUUUGAUACUUUUAAAUUGUACAAAUAAAUCAAGACACGUCAAAUUCCAAGGCUAGGUUAAAAAGACAAAAGGGUAUCUAGUAAACCAACAAUUUAUAAUACAUCGAGAGUUAGAUUCUCAUAUUUUCAUUUCUUCGAAGAAGAGGGCAUCUGCGGUCGGGGCUCAUUUUGUCGUCGAGUGCAGUUGUACAUGCUCUGGAGCCACGGGCCCCGCCCUUUUAACACUUAGACCCAGGCGUUCGAGAGUCCUGCUGGCCACAAACUCCUUCACUGCCAAAUUGAAUCGUAUAUCAGAAAUUAGACUUUCCACUGUAUUCCGGCUAUUUUAUUAUUUGCCACUAACAUGAAGACCCAACCAAGUGAGGAAUCGGCUUCCCCGGCGCCAGUAAACCCCGGAAACUCUGGAAACUCCGGAAACCGAAGGGCAUCAAGUACCAGGAUUUCGUUUUCCGACCAACUAGACGGCGGUGAUUCCGGAGAUUCUUCGUCAAACGAGAGCGAGCGUCUAAUGGAAUCGGACGAUGAAGGGAACAUUCAGAUUCCGGUGCCCACCGGACAACCUCGUGGACGCAUGGGUCGCAGGUUCACUCUCAACCCACUCAUUUUUGCAAAAGAAGAACGAGAAGCACGACGGCAAUCGUUAGCUCAACUUAAGCUCAGCUAUUAUCCAAAACACAUGAAUCCUGAACAUUAUGACACUGGUCUUGGGUUUUGUGGGUGGUUUCUUAUGGGACUGUCAUGGAUAAUGGUUAUUUCUACAUUCCCAGUUUCAAUUUACUUUUGUAUGAAAGUGGUGCAAGAAUACGAGAGAGCCGUCAUUUUCCGACUUGGUCGACUGAUUGGUGGUGGAGCCAAAGGACCAGGAAUUUUCUUUGUACUUCCGUGCAUAGAAUCGUACACCAAGGUUGAUCUGAGAACAGUAUCGUUUAGUGUGCCGCCGCAGGAAAUUUUAACAAAAGAUUCAGUGACAACGUCUGUCGACGCUGUUAUUUACUAUAGGAUCAGCAAUGCAACAGUUAGCGUGGCAAAUGUUGAAAAUGCACACCAUUCUACAAGAUUGCUUGCGCAAACAACGCUUCGUAAUAUGUUAGGUACGAGAAGCCUGUCAGAAAUUCUCUCGGAUCGUGAAACACUUGCAGCAUCCAUGCAGACAAUUCUUGAUGAAGCAACUGAAAGCUGGGGAAUCAAAGUGGAAAGAGUAGAAAUCAAAGAUGUUCGUCUCCCAAUUCAACUUCAACGAGCAAUGGCGGCAGAAGCAGAGGCCACUCGAGAAGCUAGAGCUAAGGUGAUUGCUGCGGAAGGAGAGCAGAAAGCUUCUCGGGCAUUGCGUGAUGCUGCAUCAGUCAUUGCUCAGUCUCCAGCUGCUCUUCAACUCCGAUAUCUUCAAACUCUGAAUAGCGUCGCAGCAGAGAAAAAUUCGACGAUCAUCUUCCCACUUCCGAUGGAAUUAGUUAGGCAUCUAAUCAACUGAAAUGUAUCGAUGAUGCGAGAAAUUACGAGUGCAUAAUGAUUUUUUUAGUUUCACCCCAUCUUUCUUUCUUUUUUUUUGUCCAUUACAUUCUCAUUUUGAUUCACUGACAUACUAAUUUUUAAAAUCUAAUAUUGAAAUCGAUAAUCAACUUCUAGUCAUUUUCGAUCUAAAAAAUCAUAUAACUACUAAUUAAACAACAAUUUGAAUACGUGAAUAUCACAAUUAUUUCGUACAUUGAACUUUACCUACCAUUCCCAAUCAAUUUUUCUUUCAUUUGCCACAUUCAUUCUAUCAGUCAAAUUAAAAUGCAACUUGGAAAUAUUAAUAAAUGAGAUUCUCAUCCUUU